CGGCAGGUCUGGGUCCACGCGCGGCAAAUUAUAAAAAGUUGCGCCCGCGAUCGCGUACGCUUAGUCCACUGCAACGCGCCGCGACAAACAAACCACGGUCGCAAACAACUGAAUGCUGCGAUUUGAAUUUACCGAUCAAAAACGCGACGUGGUGAAGUUUUUAAAUUAUUUUGUUUUACGAUUUUUCAUUUUGGCAACAUGAAAUUGGCUGUUCUAGUUUGUUUUGCCGUUUUGUGCCUGUCUGAAGACGCCUUUACCGCCUCCGGUUCAAAUAACAACGCACUGUUUUACCUACAAAAGUUUGGUUAUAUUGAAAAGAAGAGCUCGGAACACAGCGCGGACCUUUUGGACGAAAGGAGCUACACCAAAGCUAUAAAGGACUUCCAAAACUUUGCCGGUCUCGAGGUCACAGGAAUCGCCGAUGACGAAACGCUAAAGGCAAUGGACCUGCCUAGAUGCGGGGUGAAAGACAAAAUAGGAACUGGAGAGAGACAAAAAAGAUACGCUCUACAAGGUAGUAGAUGGAAAGUAAAGGAUCUCACAUACAAAAUAUCCAAAUACCCAAGAAAACUGGAGAAAAAGGAUGUGGACAAAGAAAUUUACAGAGCUUUUUCCGUAUGGUCCGACUUUACUGAUCUCACUUUUACACCUUCCAAAGGGCAAGUUCACAUAGAAAUUAGAUUUGAAAGUGGAGAACACGGUGACGGUGAUCCUUUUGAUGGACCUGGUGGUACCUUGGCUCACGCAUAUUUCCCAGUUUUUGGUGGAGAUGCUCACUUCGAUAACUCCGAGCAAUGGUCAAUCAACAGCUACAGGGGUACCAACUUAUUCCAAGUGGCAGCUCACGAGUUCGGUCAUUCGUUAGGACUGAGUCAUUCCGACGUUAGGGAAGCUCUAAUGGCUCCUUUCUACAGGGGCUACGACCCAACCUUCCAGCUACAUAUCGACGAUGUACAGGGUAUUCAAGCUUUAUACGGCAAAAAGACUAAAAAUAAUGCACCUGGAAUUCCUGAAGAUGAUAACGAUGAUGAUGAUGACUUUGAUCAUGAAGGAAACACUCCAUCAGUUUCCAAGGUGAACCCUGACGAAUCCCUGUGCAAGGACCCGAAGAUCGACGCGAUCUUCAACUCGCCGGAAGGCAACACCUACGUGUUCAAGGGCAACAAAUACUGGCGGCUGACCGAGGAAAGCGUGGCGCCCGGUUACCCCAAACUCAUAUCCAGCGGAUGGCCGGGUUUGACGGGCAACAUCGACGCCGCCUUCACCUACAAAAACGGCAAGACGUACUUCUUCAAGGGCUCGAAGUAUUGGCGGUACAAGGGCCGGAAGAUGGACGGCAUCUACCCGAAGGAGAUCGCGGAAGGCUUCACCGGCAUCCCCGACGAUCUAGAUGCGGCCCUGGUGUGGAGCGGGAACGGGAAGAUUUACUUCUACAAAGGGUUCAAGUUCUGGAGGUUCGAUCCCACCCAAAGGCCGCCGGUGAAGAGCACGUAUCCCAAGAUGAUCUCCAACUGGGAGGGAUUGCCCGACAAUCUGGAUGCUGCCUUCCAGUGGACCAACGGCUACACCUACUUCUUCAAAGGAAACGCUUAUUACAGGUUUAACGAUAGGGCGUUUGCAGUGGACGCAGUUGAACCGAAAUUCCCCAGGGCGACGGCCUAUUGGUGGUUCGGGUGCACUGACGCGCCGAAAGGCACCAUAGGAACAAGUGAGGCUCGCCGCGGAUGGUUGCUUGAUGGGGAGAGCUUUUCCGGCGAAAUACGCGACACGCAAGAUGCAGCUGCUCAUGUAAAUCCUGAUAUGCCCGAGCUGGACAACUCAGGAAGUGAAAAAAAUCACGGUGGAAGGCAUAAGCCACUUCCAAUGUCGAUACUAGUGACUUUACUAACGCUAACAAUAUUUAGUUUUUUAAUCAAAUAAAGUGAUUUGUUCGUUUUAUAAACGAAUUAAGCUUUGACUGAGGACUUUAUAAAAUUGUGUGAUAGACAGACGACCUUUUUAUAGUAUAAAUAGUUUUAAUCAUAAGUAAACAUAGCUUAAGCCAUUAAACUAUGAUUUAUUGUGUAAAGCGACAUACCUCGUAACUCCUGUGCUGUAUUAUAAAUGUAUUUUAGGUUGCCUAACUGUUGUUUCUACCUGUUUAGGACAGGUGAAUUUUGUCGAACCAAAUAACGUAUUGCCUUAAAUUUAUACUAUAAAAGAGUGAACUGUAUAUAUUUUAGCUUUACAAUUUUAGUGGAUACGAUCUUAUUAACUAUUAAAAUAUAACUACCUACCUAAUUUAAAAUCGUUCAUAUUUGUAAAAACAGUUGUUAAGCCAGCAAUGCAAAGUAUUUAGUAAAUUUAUGGUUUUGUAGGUUUGUUAAAUACCUUUCAUUGCUGACAAUGUAAGUAUUUGUGUUAUUUAAAUUUUUUUGUAAAUUUCUUUAUUAAAAAUAUAUCUUCCCAAAUAAGCAAUAAAUAUAUUUUAAAUAA